GUUUUGUUGGUGCAUUGGACAUGCCUUAACGGGAAAUUUUCCAAACUUAGUACCUCUGCUGAACGAAAAUAUCUUGAGUCAGUAAGACAACGAUGGAUGACAGUUGGCAGACCCACGAGGCACCGGCUGCAUUGUAUCUUGCAGGGCUGGGAAGGUGGAAGAUGGCAAGAUGCAUGGAGGAAGCAUACUCGCUCAGUGGCUACCCAAUUACCAUGGAGGACUGUUAUAGCCAGGAUAUGGACUUAAUUAAGUUGUCUGGUUCAAACAAAAUCGCUCAUGACUUCCAGCUACUACAACCUAAAUUGUCUGAUUUGUGUGUGAAUUUUGAUGAUUCUUGACGCCGG